AUGGGGAGAACUUUUAAGGGAAAAGCGACUAAAACAGCGCAGCAAAAGCGUCGUAAGAAAUCUGGACUGGGUGCAGGUGGCAGUAGUCCAGCGCUUUCGGCCACUUCGUCUACAGGAAGUGCAUCUACGCCUGGUCAUCGCGAUUGCGAACAAUGUGGCAAUAGUUUGUUGUUGGAGGGCAUAGCUAAGUCUUGGCCUGUAAGUAAGAGAAAUAUGGUUUCUACAAAUUGUCAGAUCUGCGAGUUUGUCGCUUUUCGACGUUCCCAACGACCUUGCGUAGAGUGUACACAUCCUGGUUGCGAUCAUUUUUGUGAGUGGUGUGGGAAGGGAUUUCAUGCUAAGUGUGCCAAGCUGCAUAACGAAGAUGUGAGCAGUCCAAACGGUUUUUGUUGUCAUAAAUGCGAAGCUGAGCAGAGUGAUGAUCACACGACUGACGAGGAAGAGACCAAGCGAAAGGGAAUUGACGACGAUGUGGGCUCUCGCUGCGGCAGCUGUCGACUGCCUUUUUCAAUGGCUGGCAAGGACGUCGACGACCAAAAGAUUACAACUGGGUUUAAAGUAAACCAAGCUGUCUUGGUGGACAAUGACGAAGUGCUGUACAACGCACUUAUUACUGAGGUGGAUACCUGCGGAGAGCGCAUUAAGAUUCAUUUUACGCGGUGGAGCAAAUCGUUUGAUGAUUGGUAUGCAAUGGAUGACGAGCACAUUAACGAGAGUCUUGCGUGUGAUUGCUGUAACCAAUGGUUCCAUAUUGGCUGCUUACCGCCUAUAAAAAGCUCAGGACGAUGGAAAGACUCAACGUACGUGUGUCCACGAUGUAUUGACGACGCGCGAGCAUUCCACAAUGGUAAUCGAUGUGUUACGAAAGCCAAAUCGGCGUUUGUCUCACUCAGUAAUUCAAACGCCAAGGUUUCAAAGAAACAUUUAUCCCCGCAAGAGAGAGAUAUUACAUCAGUGGGCAUCGAAGCAAAUGAAGACAUUGAAGAGGACGUCAAGACGGCUAAUCAUUUGCGAAAAAGAAGGAAAUUGUCGGAAGGUGCUGGAUGCUCCGUGAAGGACUUACACAGCGAUAGCAUGAGCAUUACAAUUGUUUCUGAUACUGAAGAUCCUCUCCAUGAUUCGAAGCGAGAGAAACUGUCUCCGUCAAAGAUCUUUACAGAGAUAUUCGAGAGGAAUAAUGAGAACAAAGGGAAGCAGACCACAACUCCUUCUGUAGCUUCGAAUGCUAUCGCACGUGAAAAUAUUAUGGCACUGAUGCAUGCAUCCCCAGAACACACAAUUAAAGUGGCAACCGAGGCGCAUAGCUCCCCUUCAAAGUCUGUAUCGGCUAAAAUUGGUGCUGGUAACGUUUCUGCCAUGGGCGACGACAAUAAUGAUAAGAAGAAGACGGUAAAAAACGAGUCGGGUGCCCAUUAUUUGAAUCGCUAUUCAUCGUGCAACACUGUCAUGUCGUUACUUAACAGUCCGCCAGCAGAUGGAACUCCAGAGAAAGAUUUUAAACCAUCAUUGUUGUCUUUGCCAAUGCUCAACCCAACUGGAAGUCAAACCUCACCCACGUCGUCGUCAACGCCGUCAUUAGCAACUUCCAACUUUCAGGUUUUCGUGAAAAUGGAGCACAAAAAUGGACAAUCUCCAUUGUGUUCUUCCUCUGUGCUGGAUCUUAGCUCCGUACAGGCGAUGAAAAAGGAGGUAUCAAUUGCUUUAACAAAACCAACAAAGACGCGAAUGAGCCGAAAGACAAAGCAGUCACAGGGUGGUGCCACGAGUUGCCGUGGUCUCAGCGCAUUCGACAUACUGCGUGAAGUAGCUUCGCAAGAGAUCGACGAGGGUGGUUCUAUAGUCAAGUUCAAGGGCGAAAAGCGUCAUUCAGUAAGUCGUGCAAGUGCCGCUGGUGUACACAAGCGUGCAAGAAUGGAUGAAUUAGUUAACACAUCCAACGCUGUAGCAUUACCUGGAUGUUCUGUGGCUGCUGGUGGACUCUCCCAUCACUCUGCUACUGUGGAAACGAGCCCGUUACAACAAACCCGCGAUCGAAUACAAAUGAACUCUUUUGUGGAUUUGCAUUUUAGCAUCCGUAAAGAGAUGUACCUCCGCUUUUGUCGAUUAGAAGAAGAAGGGAUGCUAACGCGGGACUCGGCACAUGUACUGCGCUCGCUAAUAUAUCCAACGUCGGAGCGCUUUCAAGACCUCAAGUUUGUUUACCUGGUAAAUAAAGACCUGUCGUCUGUUCAGCUAACAAAACGCUUGCUGGAGGCGGUUCCGUAUCCUCCCACUGUGGCAAAACCUAUCGCUGCAUCAGUAUCUCUUGCUGCUUCUAGUAUUCAAUCCCCUCUUGGUUGCAAAAGCCUUGGUCUUCCCGUAUCGAUGGGAAUGUUCUCUGCUGGUCUAAGCGAUUCGUCUCCUCCAGAGGCGUCGCGCAUGAUUCCUCACGACUUGCGUCUGGACGCACUUGCAUAG